AUGCCCUGGCCGGGAAUCAAACCGUGACCUCCUGGUUCAUGGAUUGGUGCUCUAUCCACUGAGCCAUGCCAGCCAGGCCAUUUCUCUCAUGUCUUGAUGGGAGAACCUGGAAAGUCACAUUGCAAGGGGUGUAGGGACCAAGAAGGGCAAAGAAUUAUAGCCUUACCCCCGUGGCCUUUACAAGGCGACAGAGGAUGUUCAAAAGCAACAUCUGACCCCCGUCUCUUUCUCCUUUCCAGGGUCACAGCGAGCAUGGGGGUCUGGAGCUCGGGCACCCGUCUCUUCCUACGUCUUUGGGGGCUGUACGUGUCCCCCAGAAGCCCUGGACGGGUGGACUUCCUCCAACAUUUGGGAGUUUGCUCUUUGGUUGCGUUGGGUUUGGUGGGCCUCCUCUCGGCGGCCUUCUCCUGGUUCCUGUCCUCGUUCACAGUCUUCACCGUCUCCUGGGGGGCCGCCUGGGUUCUGCUGGGCUGCUCCAAGCACGCGAGGUGCUUCGUGGUCCUCUUCUUCCUCUCCUGCGGCCUGCGCGAGGGCAGGAACGCCCUGAUCGCCGCCGGCACCGGCAUAGUCAUCCUGGGGCACGUGGGCAACGUCUUCCACAACUUCAGGGGGCUCCUGGACAGCAUGACGUGCAACAUCAGGGCAAAGAGCUUUUCCAUCCACCUGCCCCUUUUGCGAAGGUACGCGGAGGCCAUCCAGUGGAUCUACGGCCACGCCCCUCGCCUGGAUCUGUUCGACGGCCUCGUGUCCUGGAACCAGACCCUGUCGGUCUCUCUUUCCAGCCCCAGCCAGACCCUGGAGGCGCAGCUCAAGGACACGAAGGGCCAGGUCGUGGGGGUCUUGUACCAGAUGGUGACGGCGACCGAGGUGCUGUCCUCCGUCGGGCGGCAGCUGCUGGCCCUCGUGGGGCUCCUGCUGGUGCUUCUCGGCACCGGCCUCUUCAUGAAGCGAUUCCUGGACCCCCGCGGCGGCCGGAAGUUCGAGAACACCUACAUCACCCGACAAUUCGUUCGGUUCGACGAGGGGGAGAGGCACGGGCAGAGGCCCUGCGUCCUCCCGCUGAGUAAGAAGGAGAGGAGGAAGUACAUCGUCAUCCCAUCCUUCGGGCUGACGCCCAGAGAGAGGAGGAACCUGGGGCUGUUCUUCCUCCCGGUACUCACCCAUCUCUCCCUCUGGGUGCUGUUCGCAGCCAUCGACGUUCUGCUCUACCGGCUCCUUUUCUCAGUGAGCAGACAUUUCCAAAACCUGCCGUCACUGGAAGUUCACUUGAAACUGCACAGGGAGGUAGGCCCGCCCAGGCCCUGGCGGGGGGUAUCCUGGCUCUUGGCUGGGCUGUUGGAAAUGAUCACGCAUCUCCCCAGGCAGGGAGGGCAGUGUCUGACCCCUUUGGGGUCUCCGGCGCCUGGCACAGUGCCUCCCACGGAGAAGGAGCCCGUCAGAGGCUGGGUAAAUUGAAUCCCUGCGUUAGAAUCUAUCAUUCUGAACGUUUUGGGUCAGAGUUAGUUUCCUGUGGCUGCUGUAACAAGUCACCACAGAACGAGUGACUAACACAACACAGAUUUCUUCUCUCUGGUUCUGGGAGCCGGAAGUCUGACAUCUGUGUCCUGGGCUGAAACCAGAGGCGCUGGCAGAGUACACUCUCUUCAGACUCUAAGGGAGAUUCUACUCUUUGCUUCUCCCAGCAUCUGGUGGCCGCUAGCAUUCCUUGGCUUGUGGCUGCAUCACUCCCUCUGUCUUCACAUCGCCUUCUCUCUCUCUCUCUCUCUCUCUCUCUCUCUCUCUCUCUCUCUCUCUCUCUCUUUCUCUCUCUCCCCCCCCCUUCUCCUUCUCAAAGGAUGCAUAUGAUUGCCUUAGGGUCACCAGGACAAUCCAGCAUAAUUUCUCCAUCUCAAGGUCCUUAACGGGAUCGCAUCUGCAAAGUUCCCUCUCGCCCAGAUUAUCCACAUUUACAGAUUUGGGGAUUAGAAUCCUAUGUCGUUGGGAGGCCAUUUCCUGCUUCUGAUAGUCAAGAGACACUGAAAUGUGGGAACAGGGGUCUCUGGUGGAGCAUGAAGCUGAUUCCUGGAAUGAACCUGACCAGUCAGAUGUAGGGCCUGCCUUCCUCUCUCUGCAGACUCGCUGUGCAUGCAGACUGCGCGUGCCUUCUCUG